AUGCAGGCCGCCCUGCACGGCGCCCCCCUGCGGGCGCGGUGCCCCGCUGCCCCCGCCCGGCCCCACGCCUCGAUCCGUUCCCAGAUGCCCCAGGAUCCGCCCUCCAGCUCAUCCCGCCCGUCUGGGCCACCGACUGGCGAUCUCUCGAUCGAUCGCCGGACGGCAUUUCUGGGAAUGGGCGCGGCGUCUGUGGCCCUGGCGGUGGACUUGGCGGUGGGGGUGCCUGUCGCCGGGGCGGAGGACAUGGAGACGUUUUUUGGGUACGCCACGCCGCCCACGAGCUACGGGGGUUAUGGAGGGAAUGCAGACGAGCCGCCGAAGUACAAGUUCCAGUACCCGGCGUCGUGGAAGCCGCAGACGGUGAACAAGGUGCAGAAGGGGACGCAGGGGAUCGACAGCAUCAUCGUCAACCCACGGAACAAGAGUAGCGUGAUGUUCGUCAUCGCCCUGGGGCGGGCUGGCGAGGACGACAAGUCAUUCAAGCUCACCGACGUGGAGACUACCUUUCAGGGAUUCGUGGGCGCCGACUACGAGCUCCAGGACGCGGUCCAGAGCGCCAGCAGCAUAGCCAGGACGAGUCGGGAGGUGGGCGGGGAGCCCUUCUACGACUACGACAUCGACUCACCCAAUGUCCAUGUGCUCUCCACAGUGACUGUGCGCGGAGGCAAGAUCUUCGCGUUCAUCAUCAAGGUGCCCACAAGGCAGUACGAGUCCCAGCCUGGCACAUUCAAGACUGCACUCACAUCAUUCCGUACACUCUGA